AUGUCCGCUGUUCCAUCAGACACUCCAGCUCCGGCGACCGCUCCUACGAACGGUGAGCCUGUCAUUACUGAGAAGGCACAAGUGCCAGCUGAGGCCGAGACUACAGCUCCAGCACAACCUACUGAACAAGCACCCCCCACCACCGAAACCGCAGUGGAUGCUCCAGCUCGCGAGACCAUCGAGAGCUUGAACCUCCCAUUAUCCGCCGCCGAUGGCCUCAUCCAGAAACCCUUCAGCCGCCCCGUCGACACUUCGAAACCUCCAGCACCUGCCGAAUUGACCGCAGAUCAACAAACCAAAUACGACAGCGUCCUAAAGUCCGUUUCCGAAUGGACCGAAGUCCCCACCACAUCAGCCAAGGGCUCUCCCACGGCCCCCAUCACAGACGAUGAGCGUAUGUUCCUCACCCGCGAGUGUCUCCUCCGAUAUCUGCGCGCCACGAAAUGGAACGGCCCCGAAGCCGUUGCUCGCUUGCAGCGCACCCUCUCCUGGCGCCGGGAGUACGGGGUCGAGAAAUUGACACCCGACCAUAUUUCCAUUGAGAACGAGACAGGGAAGCAGGUGCUGCUGGGCUUCGAUAUCCACGGACGGCCGUGCUUGUAUCUUCUUCCAUCGAGGCAGAACACGGAAAAGAGCGAUCGUCAGAUUCAGCAUCUGGUGUUUAUGCUGGAGCGAUGCAUUGAUCUCAUGCCUGCCGAUCAGGAGACGUUGGCUCUUAUUGUGAAUUUCAGUGAGACCAAGUCCGGGCAGAAUGCUAGUAUCGGUCAGGCGAGGGAGACGGUGCAUUUCUUGCAGAACCAUUAUCCUGAGAGGCUGGGUAGGGCUUUGGUCAUCAAUAUGCCCUUUAUCAUCCUGGGCUUCUUCAAGAUCAUCACACCCUUCCUUGACCCUGUUACUCGCGAAAAGCUCAAGUUCAACGAGGACUUGAAGAAACACGUCCCACCCAACCAGCUGUUGAACUCUGUUGGUGGCGAAGUCGACUUCAAAUACGACCACUCGGCCUACUGGCCUGCGCUGAACAAACUCGCUGAGAUCAAGCGCACAGAGUACCGCGAACGCUGGAUCCAAGGUGGAAAGCGCAUUGGAGAGUACGAGAACUAUCUCAAGACCGGCACCAGCCCGAGCUUGUCCCAGCGGGAGCGUAAGACCAACGGUGCUGCCGAAACUACUGCCAAUCCUUAA